UUUCAGGUAGGGAUGAAUUUCAAACUUUUAUUGGUUUUAUUUCUCGCAACAUCACUUUUGGUGUCGAUGAGCGACGCUGGUAAAGAUCGCAGAAAGAAGCAAAAGCAAAAGGAACGCCAAGAAGAUGAUGACAAUAAUGAUGAGCCCGCAGGAGGAUCUGAAAUGGGAGAAUCGGGAAAAGCUAAAGAUGAGAAAGAGCGAACUUCAGUUCUUGAAAAGCAAGCCGGAAAGAAAGGUGAUGAUGAAUCUUCAUCAUCCGAAGAAGAUAAAGAGGAUGAAGACGAAAAGAAAGAUAACUCUACUGUUAUCAUCCGCGUAAAGCGUCAUACUAUGCUUUUUAGUUCUGAAGAAUCGAAAGAAGAAGAAAAUGAAAUCAUCAAGGCUGAAAAAGAAUUAGAUGAAGAAAAAGUGGACCAAUUCCGACAAUCCAGAGUACUCCGUUUCACCCGUUCAGCCGACGAGGCACGUGUGCUCCCAACUGAUGCUGCAAAGUUCAAACGCGACACUAUCACCCAAACGCUGAAAUCAAAAGAGCUGAACGACGGAGUUCAAUUGCCAUUGGACAAGAAGCCCACCGCUACCGCAUCUACCAAUUGAUACACACCUCAAGGCUUUCGGAUUAAUCCGCCUUUCUAUUUCUCGCUGUCUCAUUACUAAAUCAUCAUAAUACGCAUUCAUGUAGAAUAGUUGACCAACGGGAUGCUCAUUUCUAAUAAAAUUGUUUCCCAUCUUUAUUUCCUGAAUUUCUAAUAUGCACUUUCAAAUUAUAUUUUUUCGUUUUUUGUAAUGAAUUAUUAUAUUAUAAU